AUGAAUGCAAUGGACAAGAGAAACAGAGAUAUACAAGCAGCUCUUUAUGAGUCAUCCAUUUCCCUUGGUGGUGAUGAUGGUGGUAGUGGUAGUGAUGGUGAUGGUGAUGGUGACAGAACUAGUAAACAAAGUGAUGCAAGUAAGGGAGAGUUUAUGGAUGAAAAGAUUGGAUUUGAGAACGAUCAGAAGUCUCAAAAAUAUCCUAAUCAAAAUCCGAUAACAUCUGAUGAUGUGCUUAUUACUUUCAUGCAAGCAGAGGUAGCAGCGUCGAAGAAGACACACUGA